UGUGUGUUCGAAUCGUUAGGAGGCACGCAGCCAUUACAACACGUUGUAUUCAAACCGAACGCAACGCGAUUCGAGGAACUAGACAAUUACUGGUUCAUUUUAUUUGUUUAAAUUUCAGUUUUAUUAAACUAAAUUUGAACUUUAAAGACGGUACUUCUGUCUGUUUUGCUAGCAGUCGUAUAUGUAAAUAUAGUCAGCGUUGCGUCGACGUGAGACGCUCCGCAUUCCCAGGCAUUUGACCCAAAGGAGGCACGCGCAUACAGCCUUUUUCGUUUGUUCAGCGCAUUCAUUUGAACGCCUGUAUUUCGUUAACCAAGAAGAUUCAGAUUUAAGAGACUCGCUUCGAUUUAGAUGGCAAGCUUCCCAGAUUUUGUCAACGAAAAUGAAAUAGGUAAAGCCAAGUUCAUCGGGGAACUCAUACCUCCUGUUGCUCCCUUUGACCAGAAAUCUGGACGGGAGACUUGGACUGUAGCUUUUGCACCUGAUGGUUCCUACUUCGCUUGGUCUCAAGGGCAUCGAAUUGUGAGACUUGUACCAUGGAAAAAAUGCUUAGCCAGCUUUUCUGUAAGAAAGGAAGAUCGGUCAAGUGGUGCAGGUCCUCGACGACUGUCCCAGCAGGACAGUGAGGGCAGUCUGCUGCCAGGCGAGCCCAGAGAGCACACCAUCGACUGCGGUGACAUCGUUUGGGGCCUGGCCUUUGGCUCUUCUGUUCCUGAAAAGCAGAGUCGCUGCGUUAAUAUAGAAUGGCACAGGUUCAAGUUUGGCCAGGACCAACUACUGCUGGCCACGGGCCUCAACAAUGGCCGCAUCAAAAUCUGGGACGUCUAUACAGGAAAACUUUUGCUGAAUCUGAUGGACCACACAGACAUUGUGCGAGACCUAACGUUUGCCCCAGAUGGGAGUUUAGUGCUGGUUUCUGCCUCAAGAGACAAGACUCUACGCGUAUGGGACCUCAAAGAUGACGGUAACAUGGUGAAAGUACUCCGUGGCCAUCAAAACUGGGUCUACUGCAGCGCUUUCUCACCGGAUUCAUCUGUCCUUUGUUCCGUAGGCGCAGGCAAAGCGGUCUUCCUGUGGGACAUGGAUAAGUACACUCUGAUCCGUAAGCUGGAGGGCCAUCAUAACGACGUGGUGUCCUGCGAGUUCUCUCCUGAUGGGGCCUUGCUGGCCACAGCUUCCUACGACACCCGUGUCAUCGUGUGGGACCCUCAUACAGCCACCGUUCUGCUCGAGCUGGGGCAUCUCUUCCCUCCUCCCUCACCCAUAUUUGCAGGAGGAGCAAAUGAUCGAUGGGUUCGCUCUGUCGCUUUUUGUCAUAACGGUCAGCACAUUGCCAGCGUCACUGAUGACAGACUGGUGCGUUUCUGGAGAAUCGAUGAGAAGAGUCCUCAAGCCAUCGCCCCUCUCACUAACGGCCUCUGUUGUGCCUUUUCUACUGACGGAAGUGUCUUAGCUGCUGGGUCUCGUGACGGCAGUGUGCAUUUCUGGGCUUCUCCACGCAGCAUUGCAAGCCUUCAGCACCUGUGCCGCCUGACCCUGCGGCGAGUCAUGCCCACCCAGCAGGUUUAUACGCUGCCCAUUCCUUUCUCCAUGCAAGACUACCUGGCAUACAAGACGCUUUAAGUUGGAACGCAAAACACGGCACUCUGUGAAACCAAUGAAAUGUGUGGGUUGUUUUUUUAUUUUUUUUUUUUUUCCUCUCUUUAAUAAAUAACAAAACAAAAAAAGUCUGCUCAAACCAACCCCCUAAUGAAGGUGAGGUUGGUUCUUUUUGUAUUUAUUUAUUUUUCUAAUUUUUUUAAAGUUUAGUUUUCCUAGUUGCAAGUGUAUUUCAAUGCUUUGUUCAAAUUUGUCCUUUUUUUUUUUUUAAGCCCAUAUCUGGUAGUGGCCUUCAGACAGCCUUAAUAUAUCAGCGGACCACAUUUUCUUUUCUUUUUUUUCUGGCACAAUUUGUACAGCACCUUAGAGUUGGUAAAUGAUGGGUGAAAGUGGUGCUUUCUCUGGCUCGGUUUAAGAUAUUCCUAAACUGAGUUUAAAGCGAUGUGACGGGGGGGUUGUCUCCCGAAUGUUCUGCAGUGUUUUCUUUUUCCGUGCUGGCUGUGAGAGGGAUUGAAGGGAAGUGACAAUGUGAAAGUGUGUAUGUGUGCGUGCAUGUGAUGGGCGAAAUAUAGUUGGGUAGUUCAGGGCCACAGGCAGUGCCUCCCCUUGACGUGCCUCUUUAGAGAAAAGAAACAUCCACACGCUAAUGCUGCUUCAGUAAUGGCCUUUAUCAUCACAAGCCUAAAACUUCUUUAACACAUGGGCUAAUUUGUUUCUUCCACAAAUUGUAUAUUUUUUACCUGUACAGAGAUUUGUAAAGGCACGUGUAUAUGCAUAUGUUUGUGUAAAUAUAUAUAUGUAGCUUCAAUUUUUUUUUCCCCAUGCUUCUCAUACAUCACUUUAUAAUGCUUGUAUUGAACGUCUGCUCUGUAAAUGGUCUGUUCUCUUGUGCGAUGCUGUUGUUUUGUGGGGAAUGACACAGGUUUGCUUUGAGGAGAAACUGCCAGCCAGUUUGAUAUUAUUUUAAUUUUUUUUUUUUUUUUUUUAACUAGCAGUGAAAUUUAUGCCACAUCUUUGAUUUCUCGUUCCAAAUAAAUUGGCACUUGUCUCUCCACUUAACUCACAGUUGAACCUCAGUCUGUUAACACUUAAGACAUUUAAGACAGCCUUGUGCGUUUUAACAGAGAGCCAAAGUGAGGUUUUGUGGAGGUAGUUUUGUUUGGGAAUGUCUCAUCUACCUCUCAUUUUGAGGAACUGGUUUAUUGGAUGUCCUGGAACAAAAAGGCAUGGUUCUGUUUAUUGAUUGUAUAACGUAUGUGACCCUGCCUGUCAUUUAAAGCAACUGAAUGGUAUCAAUUAAGAAUGUGGCAAAUUCAUCUGGUCAAACAGUCUUGGCAAUAAAAAUGUGUGGAAAAAGCUGAUGCCAAAGAUCCCCUUGGGUUCUUAUUGAUGUGAUGGGCACAGUCAAUUUUCUCUUUCCCUCAUUUAUGGCUAAAACUUGAAAGUCUUUUUAUGUAUGUCUGUUUUUCUGCUUGGGUGUAUGAAGAAAGCUGAUGUUCAACAGAUUGGGUUUUCUUUAGACAGAUUCCUAUAAAGUAGAUCUAGAAAAGAUACAUAGAUGCACUUCAGUGUUCAAACCAAAAUUUUAGCAGUUGCAGUUCUUUAGAAUUUGGUGGUAGUAGUUUUCAAUCAUUAUUGAAUAUUAUAGAGAUGCUUGGAAGCUAGUUUAUUUGUCCAACUGUUUCAGACAGAAUACCUAAUGCUGUGCUCAACUGGAGAAAGUGAGUUUAUCAACAAAAAAGUUAUUUUAUGAGACUGUAUUUCUGUUUUUCUCCUCCAGUUAAUGGGGAUUUUGUUUAUUUUAUGAUUGUCGAAAUAAAGUAUUUUAAAUCA